CCCUUGCUCGGCUGGCGCUCGCAAAGUGGUCCCGAUGCUGCUCACGGAGAAUAGAAGCUGCAAGCGGCCGAGGCCCGACUUCGUUCGGCAGGGAUCUCGGCCUCACGCGCUCAGCCGCGUGCCCAGCUGCCCGUUUGUGACUGCAAAGCCCGAGGCGGAGCGCAGCUCCGACUGCGCCGCCUGGUUCGCGGCGCACGACGGCGACGGCGACGGCCGGCUCACGCCGGACGAGUUCCGCGGGCUGCUCCUCUCGCUCGGCAGCGAGGCGGAGAAGCUGCAUCCCAAGUAUGUGGAGCACGUCCUGGCGCAGACGGCGAGGGACGCGGACGGGUGCGUGAGCCUCAGCGAGGUGCACGGGUCGCUCCUCGCCAUGGACAAGGCGCUGCGCGCUCCGCGCCGGGCCUCACGGUGGACGGGCGCCGACCUGCGUGCCUCUCGCGUCGCCGGCCGGUCGGCCGUCACUCUGCCCGAGGUGGCGACCCAGAGCCACUCCAUUGGGCAGGGCGAGCGGCGGCACACCUUCGUGCUCCCGACCCGGUACACCAGCGUGGGCGCGGUCGGCGAAGGGGCGUACGGCGUCAUCGCCACGGCGGUGGACACGGCCGCGCCCGGCGGGCGGCGCUCGGUGGCGAUCAAGCGCGUCCGGCCCGCCGAGGACGCGCUGCAGCUGCGCUCCUGCCUGCGAGAGCUCGCCGUGCUGCGCCACACGGCGGCCCACCCCCACCCGAACCUGCUCUCGCUGCAGCGGGUGCUGCCGCCGUGCGGAGGCGCAGCGUCGACCUGGCGCGAGCUCUACCUCGUCACCGAGCUGUACGACACCGACUUGCGGCACCUCAUCAAGUCGGACCAGCUGCUCUCGGAGCAGCACGCGCGCUUCUUCGCGUGGCAGCUGCUGCGCGGCCUCGCGGCGCUGCACUCUGCGGGCGUCAUCCACAGAGACAUCAAGCCUUCCAACCUGCUGGUCAACGCAAACUGCGACCUCAAGAUCGCGGACUUUGGCAUCGCGCGCGGCGUCGGGCCGACCCGCGCCGCCGCCGCCCACGCCCACGCCGUCGCCACCGCCGCCGACGACGGCGGCGCGGGCGCGGCCCUGCUCGCUUCGGCCGCGACAGAGGCGGGCGAGCCGCCCGAUGGUGACGUCGGCGGCAGCGCCGUCGCCACCCCGCCGCUGGACGAGUCUACCCGCGCCUCGUCGACAGAGCCCGCCUCCGCGCCGACCUCGGUCGGCGGCGCGUCGGAGGAUGACGAGUGCGGUCUCUUCACGUCGUACGCGGUGACGCGGUGGUACCGCCCUCCAGAGCUGCUCUGCGGCAACCGGCGGUACGGCCCGGCGAUCGACCUCUGGUCGGCGGGGUGCGUCUUGGGCGAGCUGAUAGGCCGCGCGCCGCUGUUUGCGCGCCGCGACCACAUGGAGAUGCUCCGCGCGAUCAACGCGCAGCUCGGCAGCCCGGGCGAGGGCGCGCUGCGUUCCAUUGAGGACGACCGCGCGGUGCGCUUCCUCCGGAGGAUGCCGCCCCUCCCUCCUCGCGCCUGGGCCGACUCGCUCCCCGGCGGCGCGCCCGGCGGGCUCGACCUCCUCGACCAGCUGCUGCGGUGGGACCCGGCGGAUCGGCUCUCCGCCUCCUCGGCCCUCCGCCACCCCUGGAUUCUGCCGCUCGCGACCCCGGCCGAUCUGGAGCCGCUGCCGCCCUGUCCGUUUGACUUUGAGGGGCUGCCGCCAAACCUCGACUACUUUUAUCUCGCGGCGCUCGACGCGGCGGCAGAGACGAACGCGGACGCCGGCUACACCUUCCGGCUGCCCGAGCUUCUUCGCUUCGGCAUCCUGCACGACCGGACUGUCUAUCCGGUGGGCGCUGACGCGCCGCCGGCGGGGGCGGCAGAGGAGGAGGAGGAGCGGCCCCUCUUCACGCUGGACGCGUCGCCGCCGGCCCCCAGGAAGAAGCCGUGACGCGCCGCGCGGCGCGUAGAGGUGCGCGUGUGUCAGAGAGGUGCGUCAGAGAGUCAUGCCAUGUCGCUUGCGUCGGUGAUGGGUGCAUGCACCGCCUCUCGCACUCAGGCCCUCACCAUUACGCAUUCGCAUUUCCAUUACGCGGCGGCUCUUCCUCUGCGGCAACAGCCAACAGCAACACACAGAAAUCAGAAUAACCAGAAAGGUCCUCGGCGGAUCAGUUUCUUACUGGAAUCUGGCUUGUGCUGCUCUCUGUGGUCUCCACACAAACUGCUACACAAACACCGCACAGAGUCGAGUCGAACGUGGUGGGCGUGGGGGGUGGGGGGUGGGGCGUAGCCACGUGAACCCCGGCCCCCUUCGAACACGAGACUCGGUAUGACUGAAGAGACGAGAGAGGGGAGGACACAGGAGAGGAGAGGAGAGGAGAGAGGAGUGGCGAGGAGACGAGACGAGACGAGACGAGACGAGACGAGACGGGAGGGGAGGACCGGCACCAACUUGAUUCGUAGAUGCGCGUCUCCCCCUCCCCCUAUGUGCCGCCACCCCCCUCCAAUCCGUAAUUCCGUAAAAUCGCGCGAAAAGCGCCCUA